AUGCCAGAUGAUCUUACCUCUCCCAACUUCGCAGCUCCAUCCGAUGACGAAGACAACCACCUUCCUCUACAUUCUUUUAAUAUCCUGCCCUCGUCUCCGCGAACUCCAUCUCCUAUCCGAAACAGAGGCAAUCCACACCAUCGAAUUAAAGAUGGCAAUGGCAGGUCAGCAGAAGAAGAAGCAGAUCUCUUACUGUACCUCAGUAGUCCUGCAAAUCCCGCUUCACGGACAAGAAUGCAACCACCAUCUACCCCACCGUCCAGGAAGCUUGAUUUGCCAUCAUCUAUGAUGACCACCCCAAUUUAUAGCGGUGGUCUCUCAAUAUUCGGUGCACCUGCCACGCCUUCACAAGGAUUCGACUUCGCCGACUUUGUCAAUAUCACGCCAAGUCCCGCCCAAACGACUUGGACUCCAAGAGCUGCUAAGACUCCGUUGACUGUUGCACGCAGGCGCUUAACAUUCGAAAACUUUCACGCACCAAAUGCAAGUCCAUCAAGGCGCGAGAGUCCUGCUUCUUCUAAGCACACUGGACUUGGUAUGCAAUUAGGCGGGGAUCUUCUAUCCUGA